UGUGUGUGUGUGUGUGUGAGAGAGAGAGAGAGUUAGUGACCGUUCCACCUGAAUGUGUGUUUACUGUCUACAGUCCACUCCUAAAUACAGUUAGUGCUCCACUGGUGACUCACAUGCACUCCAGCCACAGUACACACGCACACACCAGCUGACCGCUUAUCCACACACCACCCACACAAACAUACAGCCUUUCUGUCAGGCACAGACCAACACACACACACACUAAUAGUCAGCCAGAUAUUAACACAGUAAGUAUAUUGAGCCCAAAGCUACACUGACUUUUCAUUCCUCUCUGCCGCUCUGAGAGAGGUCGUCCCUUAGCUGAGUUUUUAGUAAUCAUUGAUUAAGAGAGGAACGUGUCCCUUUUUAAGUGAAUGGACCGCGUGCUGUAGCUGGGAUGCUUUCAGGUUUCUAUCCUUGCCUCUUGUGACUUUAACAACGUUUAGUCUACAGACUGCGUGGGUGCAGCUCAGCAGCGUCUGGCUUUGUCGUGUUGCAGCGUCAUGAUCGGUGUGCUUCGCUCUGUGCCUCUGCGGUUAGCGGCUGAGAGUGAAACGGGAUAUGUGGUGGUGGCACUAACAAACCAAUGUCGUGGUAAAAUCAGGGCUGCAAUUAUUGAGUGUGUUGAUUGAUUGAUUGUUCUGCUUUCAGUUAAUCGGGUUAUCGAUUAGUUUGUAAAUUAUUUGAAAACUGAACAAAACCUGUCUGAACUUCCUAAAGGCCUUUAUUAAAUAACUUUUUUUGUUCCAACCAACAGUCUAAACCCCAAAUAUAUUCAAUUUACUGUGAGAUAAUACAGAGAAAGGUGUAUAUAUAGUAUGUGUAACAUCUAGCUAGAGAAUUCUUGUUGAAUGACUUUAACUCAUCAGGUAACCAAAUCAUUUCAGCACCAAUAAAUGAAAGUGUUUCUGUGAGAUGUAAACAUAAUUGUCUCUUCUUUCUUUGAAAGAUGCGAUGGGUGGAGACAUGGGAGUCUUUUCAAAUUGACACACACACACACGCUCUCUCUCUCAUUCUGCUUGCCCAUAGGUGGAAACGCUGACUCAGGCGGUCUCGGUAUUGCCUGUGUGAUCGUCUCCACACUUUGCUGCAGUACAGUGUUUGUAGCGGGGAGGUGACGAGGUCUGGGAUCCUCUUUGUGAACUUUAUUUUUACAACGUUGUGGAAGAAAAUGUGUCACGGGACCCUUAAUCACCAGCCAUGAGCUUUUUUUUAUACACACACACACACACACGCGCAAACAAACUAUUUAUGUUGGCCCUUCUUUUUCAGUCAGUCAGUCACACAGAGACGUGUGGACACACACUCCAUUGUAAAGAGCCUCACAGGCCUCCGACUGUCAGACAGAGGGAGCUUUAGAAAGAGAGUGCUGAGUAACACCAGUGUUUAAAUAACCAUAAAUACAUCUGGGCCUUCACAACAUGUCACUGUCACUGGAUUCAGAAGAACCAGUGCUUCCAUCACAGGCAAUGAUUUGCCUCGUCUGUGUUAACAGAGGCUGGACUUUUUUUUUUUUUGUGGUCGUAUCGUCCUGCGUGUCGCUCUGUGUUCUCUUCUUCAGAAGUGAAGGCCAUUUGAAUGAAACCAGCAUGCUUCCCUCUGAUCUACCAGCUCUCCUUUGAUUUACAAACAGUCCCCCUUUUUCAGUGCAUCCGCAGAUUUGAUCAGACAUGAAGAUUUAAAGCCGUGAUCGGGGUGACGGUUCUAUCUUUCUUCCCAGGCUGCUGUAUUUUUAAGUUUGUGAAAAGAAACGAGCGGGGGGCGCAUUCAGAUCAACAAUGAACCUCCUACCUGAAGAAAAUCAGGACCCAAAGUUGCGACAAAUGCAUUGAAUUACAGUUGUUUACGUAAACACAAAAUAUGCCUCGGCCUGCAGAGAAAACCAGGCAAAGCACAUGUAAGCAGGGUCAUAUUUCUGCACCUUCCAACACAAAUAGUCCUUUGAAGUGUUCCCGGGAGCUGUGACCCCGGAGGCUCCGGAGUGAAACAUUCUGCUAAUGUUGGCCGAUCCCUUCAAGCCCGUCUGUUUGUUGUCACAUGAAACUCUCUUUUCUCCCCGAUCUCGCAAACCCUGCCUGUUCCCCCACUGAUCCACCCGCUGAAACCUGACCUUGCAGCAGACCUCUGGCUGUCUGCCACCAUACCCUCAAUAACCCUGCUCACCUGUGAAUAUAAUGUGUGUGUGUGUGUGUGUGUGUGUGUGUGUGUGUGUGUGUGUGUGAGAGAGAGAGAGACACAGAGAGAGUGCGUCUCCAUCCCAGCAGGAUGAGACUCUAUUCAAGCUGUCUGGUGUGAAGACGUGUUUGUAGACGUGCAUGCACAUACACACACGCUUGUUCAUCCAUCCCCUGAGCUCCCAGUGCUGUCAACACAUCAGACAGACACGCUGGGUGUCGUGUUACUUUUCAUGUGUGUAACUGUGCACCUUUGUGACGUUAGCCAUUGUCUGCCGCCUCCCUUUUUAACCGUUCGUUUGACUGGUUUCUUGUCUAGUUGCCGCCAGGAAGUGUGUGUGUGUGUGUGUGUGUGUGUGUGUGUGUAACACCAUCUCGAUGUAUGUGGAGGCAAUUUCAUACAUAAACGUUCCUGCAUGUUAAUGUUAAUAUAAGUGGUUGUGUGAACCUGAUCAUGUCCUGCGUCGCCCCUGAUCGCAAGCAGUAAGUGCAAAGUCCCUUUUUAGGAGAUGUUUGAGCAGCUCACAGAAACACACACACGAGAGAUCGCUUCCGUUUUGCGUGGCCGAUAAUGGUGAGUGUCCCGAGAUCGUGGCUCCAAAUGCACAGCAGAUUUACUGCACCGUCCUCGGGGCGCACGGCAUAAAUGCGGCCGAUCUGCCGGUAGCUCGAGCACUUAACUUAGAGGGGGGAGAGACCAUUAGUGGCAAUCAGGGCUGUCACUUUUAAUGGGCGGAAUCGAGACGAAAUGGAGAUGAUGGACCUGCGGCCGAGUGGAAGAGUUAAUGCUCUGUAGGCCCACUUGAGGACUGGGUAAUGAGAAAAAGGGCAGGUGGAAGUGGCGUGACGGUACAGCUGUGGUUGAGGCACACGCCCAAAUGGAAACCAGGCUGUGGGCACUUUUUACACCAGCAGCUGGGAAAAGCCACUUACUGCAGCUCCAUGGAGCUCUGUGCAUUUAACAUGCAUCUGUUUGUGUGUCCACGUGUGUUCCUUGUCCGUGAGUGGCAUGUCUAUUGGUCUAUAAGUCAUGGGUACUGCAUGUGCUGGAUGUUGAGUCCUGUGCACGUCUCAGUUGCAGACAGAAAUAGACUUUUCUCAGCCAGUGCUUUUGAACAUGAGGAACGGUCCCAGGCUGUGUGCAUGUGUGUGUGUUGGGUGUGCAGAUGAGAGGAGGGGAGGCUGACCUUUUGUUCUGUUUGCUUAGUGGGCAUUCCUCUGAGCACUGGCCCUCACCCAAGUUAAAGCCAGCGGCCUCCUGCUGGACUCGGCGCAGUGCUGCCUCCAAAGGGACUCGGUGACACUGAAUCAUUUGAGCCGGUCAACUAGUUAGUUAUUUAGAAGACGUGUUUGCAUAGCUGUCAUUUUACUUCUUGAAAAGCCUUUCUUCAAACUUUUUACUGUGAAUUGAUAUGAUCAGUUUUUAAAAUCUCAGCUCUGUGACUUCAACUUGCAGUUGUCUUGUUGAUUGUUUAAACCAGUCUCAGAUCAGCCUAAACAACCUUUGAGGAAUGGCCUAAUGGCUGACUGGAACACCAGAUGAGCAGCAAGGUUUCCGGGGAAAGUGUCAUCAGCCGGAACAACACGGGAGUGUAGCCCGCUGACGGUGGGCAGAGCUCAUUGUUUGUUGAGAGGAUGAGUGACUUGUGAGAACCAAUGCUUUGUAUUAGCUCUGAAGCUGCUGUUUUGUCAGCCCUCUAACCCCGGCUGUCAUUUUCUCCACUGUAAUUACCUUUUUAAAGGCUGAUUUGUGCUUAUCUCAAAAACACAGCCUUCAAGCAUCCGAAUGACCGAUUGAGAACAAAUAUAUCUGUCCUCUGUCCCUCCAGGUCCUUAUGGUUGAGGUGGCGUGUGGUGCCCUUUGCCAUGCCUCCUGCCAUGACAGACCUCCUGGACAUAUGGGCAGCCCACUCUCACCUGGCCGGCCACGCUCUGGACCAGAUCACUGUGGACUUCCUGCUGCCCACCGGUAUCUACAUCCAGAUGGACGUUCCACGCGAGGCCACCAUUCAGCGCAUCAAACUGCUCUUAUGGAAGCAGGCUCAGUCGUUCCCACUGUUUCCCUCCCUGGGCGACAUGGAGAGCCACAUGUUCGAGUGCGUCAACCAGGCCGCUGUGCACGAAGAGCUGGAGGACGAAACGCGCCGGCUGUGCGACGUUCGCCCUUUCCUGCCGGUCCUCAAGCUGGUGACGCGCAACUGCGGCCGAGCAGAGCGCCUGCUGGACUCCAAAAUCGGCGUGCUCAUCAGCAAGGGUCUCCAUGAACUCGAUGCCAUCAAUGACCAGGAGGUGAAGGAUUUCCGUGGCAAGAUGUUUCGCCUCAGUGAAGAGAGGAUGCAACAGGUCCAGAUGAUGACGUGCAAGGAGUGGCUGCAGGUCUGCUUCUCCCCAGAGCUGGAGCCCUCGGCCAUCACCGACGGGCUCAACGACCGGCCGACCGACCUGAAAGUCAUUAUCCACUUCGACCAGUCUCAGGACUCGGCCAGUCUGAAGGUGCCGUCGUCCUGCGUCCCCUCGGAGCUGAAGGAGCUGGCCCUGAAGAAGUGGCUCACCACCCACGGGCCCGAGGAGGAUGAGGAGGAGUGGCGGGGUCAGUACGUGCUGAGGGUCAGCCACUGUCUGGAGUUCCUCUGUGGAGACCAGCCCCUGAUUCAGUACAAGUACAUCCGCUCGUGCAUGCAGGCCAAGGAGUCUCCGCACCUCACGCUGGUCCACACCAGCACCGUCAAGGGCAUGUUUGACAAGGAAAUCUCUGCCAUCGGAGCUGUGGUGUCCCGCAAGUCCUCCAACCCACCUUUACCACUACCUCCCAAGAGAAGGGUUCCCACGGUGUGUGUGUGUGUGUGUGUGUGUGUGUGUGUGUGUGUGUGUGUGUGUUUUCACUUCUGUGUUGUGGUGAUCUUGUCUAUCUAUUUUAUUUCAGAUAAAUUGUGGAGUCUUUAGUGGCUGAAGUGAAGUCAAACUAAAGUUGUCAUUUCCGCUUGUUGGAAUUGUUUUCAUGUACUAUUAUUAAUGUGGUUGUUUUCACUGUCGGUCCCAGGAUGUAACAUGAGGCAUCGUUAGGAUUAAAACUGAGGGUGUGUGAUGCACAUAUGAAAAUGUUUUCUAGAUAACAAUCGCUUCAUAUCCCGCCAGUGUUCUUGUUCCACCAAAAUAGUAAAUGCUCCACCGAUGAUUGAGUCACCUGCACUGAGCGAGGCAGGUGUGGAGGUUUACCUAGUAAACAAGUACUUGGCAGCUGCCACCUGUCUUUUAUGAGCCAGUGUUCUCGGAGCGAUGCCCUGCCAGCAUUGGUCACAUUGUCAAAAAACAUCUCCAGCUCCUCACUGCAGCUGCUGCCGCUGCCAGGUGCACAGUGACAUCGCUCCUCCAUGUGUGUGCGUCCACAUUCUAAAUGUCAGGUUGGAUUUAAUUGGCCUUCGUUAAGUCUCCCGGGGGUUUUUAAUUGCCCGGUGUCAUGCUGACAGUCGAUGCGUGGCGAUUGUGUGGUUUGGAAAGUCUGUAAAUAUCACAGGUGUGAAUCCUCAUAUCACAUAUAAUAUUAAUAAUAACGGGUCAACAGUUUGCAAGCUUCAGAUCUGUGCAGAGCAACAAAAUGGCAGCAUAGAAAUCUCUCUUUACCGCCGUUUUAAAAGAAGCCCCGAAACUAAUUUAUAAGCUUUAUCUGUUACGCCUGUUCGCCAUCCGAGCUCUACCAAGGUUUGCUUUAGGAGGGCCACUGUUGGAGCCACUAUUAUACUUUAGUUCUUUUGGUUUAUUUACUUACGUCUGAUGGUCUUUUUCGAGUUAGCAGGGAGCCUUUUAUGUAGGUUAUAGAGAUUACAGAUUUAUGGAGGGACUUUUUCCUCACAAUUCUUUACAAGACUUUACAUACUCCUCUCAUCCCGCCAUGCAGUUCACUCCAGAAGUGAUUUAUUUCUUGGCUUUUUGGGAGAGAUGGCCACAGGAUAACUGUGAAAUAGGAACGAGAGACAUUUCCAAUGACACUCCACUGUAACUCUGUCUAGGUAACCAACAUGAUUCAAUUCUUUGGAGACGCAACUUCAGUAUAUUUAACAAUCCACAAAUGAAAGAACCUGUUGAGACAGAGGUUAAGCUGUAUGUGGAACAAAAUGAUGAGAGUUAGGGGAAUCCCUCUUUGCUUUGAGGUAUUUUUGCAAUUUCUUCUUUUCUUUGUGCUCUUAAAUUUGCAAAACUAUUCAUUAUUGUUAUUAAUAAUUAGGGCUAAAAUGUAUAAUUAUUUUUAGUUUAAAAUGUCUCAAGACCACGCCUUAAAGUGUCUUAAACCAGUAAGCGAUGUAAUUGCUGCCAAUUAGUUUUCUUUUUUACUGACUAAUCAUUUUAGCUCUGAACUUGGUCUACGUUCUCUUUCCGUGACUCUUUACGAUCAAUCUUGUCUCCGUCAACGCAGAAAUAUUUCGUCAAUAAAGGCGAAAACUCUCCAUCGCCUCACGUCUGAAUACAAACUAUUACCUUCAGGCAGAUGUUACAGAGCCAGUAAAAGCAACCGCUUCAAGCUUUCUUUCCUCCCAACGAGGAAACGGGUUCAUCCUUGUUUGUAGUUCACAGGAAGGAGGAACUGUUGUACUCUUGUUUUAUGUAUUCAGUCGCUAUGACUUAUACGAUUCUCUCCUGUUUUAUAAUGUAGUAUGUUGUUAUUUUUUCUAUCCGGUCUUUGGUGUAUAACUGAUGUCUGUUUGCUGUUAUUGUUUUAAAUGUAUUGCAGCUGUAUGCAGCACUAUUGCCCAAGCAUAAUAAAGUUUAUCUUAUUUUAUUGAAGCCUUCAUCACCUCCUGGCUGCUGUAGCACCUCGCCCUCACCGGUGAAUAUCUCUGUUUACAGCUAGAUACAAAUUCACCUGCCGACGUGUUUACUGGAAUUUAGAAACAAGAUCCGUUUUCACCAAUUCAAGAAGCCUGCAGGGAAUUUCUUCAAAUUUGGCAGAAACGUCCAAUGAUGAACUCAAUGAAGAACUGAUUAGUGAAGCUUUGGUGGUCAAUGGGAACUCACAAAACAUUUUUCUCACAAGAUCUUAGGAAUUCACAUGCUCGUUAUGACGAUUUCACACAAACAAAUAAAAUGAUGAAGUGAUGACAUCUUGAACGGACACGGAUGUAAACUGCAGCAUGACUGGUUGUUUUCUCUGAUUUGUUUGUUUGCGGUUUUGGCUUUCCUAAUUUAAUCUGAUUGAGUAUUCGUAAUGCUUUACUUAUCACGUUGUCACGUUGUUUAGCACUUUAACUGUAUAACCGCGACACAGUUAUGGAGGCAGACUGGAGGAGACGGAAGCAGAAGCCGUUUCUGUUUAAGCUCACCGUAGCAGUGCGUCUGUGCCAGCAAGUGAGACUUACUUUCAGGAAAGGAACCUGUUAUUGGAUGCUGUAGGAAACUUAACUGACAAUUUGUCCCAAAAAAAGUACUGCCGAGAGCAGGACAGUUUGUUUUGUGAGGAUACAGUGCACGGAGUUCUUGUUUCUGCCUGUAAUUGUAGGGGCAGACACAAAUAGUCUCUUAUCUGACAUGAGGCAAAUUACAAGCACGCAUCACGUCCACACACACACACACACACACACACACAGGCAGCAAACA